GCAGUCCCAUCUCACUACACCGCUCUCCAGCUUCUCCUCUGUCAGAUCGAGGCUGUUCUCUCUCCCUCUUGCUCCCCCUCUCCGCUUCUGUCUGUCUCGUUUCCACAAGAGCCAGCCGAGGUCCCCCAGGGUCGAAGGUUCUGCCCUGCCCGCCCAGACUGCAACCCCCGCCGGCCUCCAAAAUCGGCAUUCUCCCGCAUGGAUCUGCGUCUUUUGACAGCGUAGAGGGCGACCCCGGGACACGUAUCCGCCAGAACGAAGAUUGCUGUGUGGUUGUGGUUCAGUGUGGUUGGUCCGGUUUUGUACACGAGGCGGUUAUAGUUCUGAGCAGCGGUUCUGAAGGAUGACCGCUGAACGGUUCGGCCUUGGAUCCUGGUGAGCGGUGUCUGAUGUCCGAACGGCGGAAGCAUGGCUCAUGGAAUCGCCUCUCAGGGCAAAGUGACCAUCACAGUGGACGAGUACAGCUCCAACCCCACACAGGCCUUUACCCACUACAACAUCAACCAGAGCCGCUUUCAACCUCCACAUGUCCACAUGGUGGACCCUACCCCGUAUGACACUUCUAAGCCAGCAGGACACACGCGGUUUGUGUGUGUGUCGGACACACACUCCCGUACAGAUGGGAUCCAGAUGCCCUAUGGUGACGUGCUGCUCCACACGGGAGACUUCACUGAGCUGGGCCUGCCCUCUGAGGUCAAGAAGUUCAACGACUGGCUAGGUGGUCUACCCUAUGAGUUUAAGGUGGUGAUAGCAGGGAACCAUGAGCUGACCUUCGAUAAGGACUUUAUGGCCGAGCUGGUCAAGCAGGAUUACUACCGUUUUCCCUCCGUGUCCAAACUGAAGCCCGAGGACUUUGAUGACGUCCAGGACCUCCUCACUAACUGUGUGUACCUCCAGGACUCUGACGUCACCGUCAAAGGCUUCCGGAUAUAUGGGACGCCAUGGAGCCCGUGGUUUAACGGCUGGGGGUUCAACCUGCCUAGGGGCCAGUCUCUGCUGGAUAAAUGGAACCAAGUCCCAGAGGGCAUUGACAUCCUCAUGACCCACUGCCCUCCCCUCGGGUUCAGAGACUGGGUUCCUAAGGAGCUGCAGAGGGUGGGCUGUGUGGAGCUGCUCAACACGGUCCAGAGGAGGGUCCGGCCCAAACUACACACCUUUGGAGGAAUACAUGAAGGGUAUGGCAUCAUGACUGACGGCUGCACCACGUUCAUCAACUCCUCCACGUGCACGAUCAGCUUCCAGCCCACCAACCCCCCAAUCGUGUUCGACCUGCCCAACCCCUCCAGCUCCUGAGAAUGACCUGUGAAAGAGGGGGGGGGGGGGGGUUGUUGGCCAGAAUAACCUUUUUUUUCUAACAAAUAAUGUCAAAAUAAUUAUAUUAAGUGUCUCUCUCAAAUAUUGUUAUUUUGUAAGCUGUAAAGUGAAAGAGU